UUGUAUUCAUCAUGGCAGCGCUCCACCUUCUGUUCCUCCUUUUCCUUGCUGUCGCCGCUAGCAGCAACAACGCUGACCAGCCGCUGACGCAGCAGGAGGUCUGCAUGGCGUCGUCUUCUUCCUCGUGCCCGGACGACGUGGAACCGAACAAGGAGGAGGCCACCGUGAGUUUCAGACACUAUGCUCGCACCAUCAAUGUCGACCUCGUACUCCCUGCUAGCAACAGGGCAGUCGCCGCUGGGGACGAGGACCUGCAGCUGCGGCAGGAGGCCAUGGCGAAGGCCAUUACGGUGCUCUCCCGCCACAGCACAGAGACCACCGACGCCGAGACGCUCAAGCGGGCGAGGGGGUGGUGAACCUUUUUUUUUUGAAACGGAGGCAAAAAAAAUUGCCUCAUCGAUUAAUUAAGAAGAAGAGAAUUGCCUAAUUAAUUUAUGGAAAAUCGGGCGAAAACCGAGGGGGCGGUGAACCUCGAGGCCCAGCGGUGGAAGCCCAUCUUUAGGGCCGUCAACAGGGUGCUGGAGAGUGGCGCCGAUGACCGCACCAAGGAGGAGGCGUUCGCCGCGGCCAAGGUGCAGCUCAACAGCGAGCUCGGCCAAGAAGGUCCGAACGCCCUCAAGAUCGACUUCGAGUAUAUGUGAUGUCUGUGAUGUCGAGGAGGUUGCCUCGCCCGUUGGCAACCUCUGCCUUAAUUUCUCUUUCGGCCUUAGUGUUCCCCAGAUUUAUGUGGUUCGUCCGUGCGUGGCCGCCUGUCGUAGUUGACGGAUCACCACCAUUAUUUUCCUUCCACUUCGUACUCGACGCCUUCUGCUGUGGAACGCUUGUGAUUGUGCUUGCAUUUCCUUAGUUAGCGAGGUGGGUUGUUUUCUUACUCUCUUUGUUCUCCCUGUGCUUCUUCCAUGUGUGCAACCAUGCAUGUCUGAUUAGUUUACUAGAUA